CUGGAUGUCACUAGUCAAGCAUAGUAAUAAGCAUUAAAACAUGUAUAGCGUAAUUAUUUAGUGACGUGAUUUAACAACAAUGAUUGCGAACUUGUGUAGAAGUAUUAUUUGUUUAAUAAUUAUUCUGGCCAGAGAAGGUGAAUCCCUCCAAUGUUGGUCCUGCUCUUCUAUCUAUGAGCCGGGCUGUGAGGAUCCGUUCAAGCCCAACGAUCUUACGGCGGGAGCAGAGUAUUUUCUUGUCGACUGCAACCACAAUUAUAUAGUUAAUGGAAGUAUGGAGGACCAACACCUCAUGGAGCAUGUAUUCGGCCCUGACGCAAAACCUUAUUGCAGAAAAACAGUUCGUCAAGUAUAUGGGAUAACCAUCGUUCAUCGCGGAUGCUCUUACGGUGAGUUUUCUAAGGAGUGUUCGAAUGGCCGUGGCACCUGCGACAGCACAGCCUGCUACGAAGACGGCUGCAACGCGGCCACAACCCUCAGCCCAAUUACCAUGCUGUUUACACCUAUUAUUACCUUUGUGUUAAAUGAACUGCUAUAAAUAUGCUAUGAUACUCUCCAAUAAUCCUCAGUUACUAAACAAAACUAAAGAAAGCAAGUACAAACUGUAGUAAAUUAUUUAAUAACGAUCACGUAACAAAGCCUCGGACAGACAGACAGACGGAAAGGACAUGGUGAAACUAUAAGAUAUUCUAGGUGACUACGAAACCCUAAAAAGAUAAAACCCAUGUCUAGUUAGUUGGUCACAGAGAAAUCUGGCUCUCUUGCUUAGAACAUUUUAAAGGAACAUAGGGAGGUAGUACGCUAAAAUAAUAUAUAAAAAAUAGUAUAUAAAAAACGCGCUUAGUACCUUUGCAUAAAAACUUCUAUGCAGGGGGGGUACCUUUUCUCUGCAGCUGACGUACAUUAUAUUUACAUUAGGCACUUAUGUAAACAAUUUCAUGCCUACCUUUUUAGAUUUCGUAUCUUUUGAGCUUCGCCGCCAGAAUAAUU